GUUUUCAGUCAUUGUUUGGCUUUCGUUUGAGUUUCUUCCCUAGUUUAUUGUGUUGUGUAUUUCCCUACUGAUUUUUGCUCUUGAAUUAAAAUCAAAUUUUGCUGUAUUGUAAAUUCGGAAUCCCUACAAGAUGGCCCAGCGUCGCAUUAAUGUCUAUGUGCCACCGAUCAGCAGUUUCCCGGAACUCAUACUGGGCGGCUAUGCGCUGAAGGAUCGCGUGCAGGUCCUGCCCCAAGGCCAGGGUCUUAGGGGCAAGCCCAAGUCCACGGAGCCCCGCGAGGAGCGGCAAUUGCAAUAUCUCUACGUCAUCGAUAGCCAAGGCCGCCUCCUGGAGCACAUGCGUUACUCCGGCGAUGACUAUCGUGCCGCCCUCAGGGAGGCCUUCGCCUCGGAUGCCUUGUCCACCAAGACUGCUCCAAACCCGCACUCUAAAUCGAAUCUCAACUCAAACCCAAUACUAUACAAGUCUUAGUUACAGUUCCAGUUUGAGUCCCAGGAGUUGCAAUGAUCACAGAAGGAAUGUUGAGGAAGAAUUUUUAAAUGAAAUUAAUCAGUAAUAAAAAAUUUAGUCUAAAACUG